AUGGAGAAUCAGGUGAAGAAAUUGCUUGCGGGUCGGGAAUUUGAAGAGUACAAGCAAUAUGAGGUUCACAGCUUCUCAACUCCAGACGGCAUCGAAACUUUCUCAGCGGCUGUGAACGCCGUGGCCUUUUCAGCAAGAGGAAUCAGCGGCAAAUGCCUUGUUUUCAUCAACCCCAUCUCUGGGACCAGGAGUGGGCCGAAGCGGUUCCGCCUCGUCGAGCCCUUGUUCAAGCUUGUGGGUGUGGAGUGCAACGUAGUUGUCACGACACAUCACGGCCACGCAUCCGAGAUCGUGUCGAAGGUGGACAUCGACCAAUACUCGGCGAUCAUCAGCGUGAGUGGAGAUGGGACGCUGAACGAGAUCUUCACUGCUUUGAUCUCCCGACAUGAUGGCGCGAAAGCGAUCUUGAAACCUGUCGGGAUCAUUCCUGCCGGCUCUGAAGGGACUUUGGCUAAGAUCUCCACCUUCUUCAACUCCUAUGCAGCUGCGUACAUCAUCCUGAAAUGCCACGAGAUCCGGCCAUUGGAUGUGUUGCGGAUUGUGCAGCAGGAUAUCACGAUGUUUAGUGUCUGUGGGGUUGGAUGGGGCAUCCCAGGGAAAGUUGCAGAAGAAUCCGAAAAUUUGAGGAGCACGUAUGGGCGCUCUCGCUAUGCAGUCAGCGCAAUCAAGGAAAUAAUCGCGUGGAAAGGCUGCAAGGGAACGCUAGAGGUGCUGCCAGCAAGGGAGAGGCCUCUUUGUACCUGCGGGCCGAACUGCCUCCGAUGUCGGUCAGGAGCAGCGAUAGCGGCGAAGAUGGCCCAGGAGGAGGAAGUGGAUCCGUAUCAGGGAGGGAUCAAGAUUGCGGAUGGGAUGUCAAUGUCGAAGCUGGUGGCCCGGAUCCCCAAGUCGGACUGCGCUAAGGGGAAGAAGGAGGAGAGAGAGGAGGCGACUGAAGAAGCCUCUCCGACUCUAGAGUGCAGCAUGUUCGAGGACACUCGUGCCGAGGGCAGCGAGGCUGUGAAGGAUGGCAGCCCUGUGCUGAAGCGAGAGGAAGAAGCAAAGUGGUCAAAGUCUGUUGAAAUUUUGGCCUCGAGGGAGAUCUCGGGACAGUCUGAGAGCGAUGGCCGCGAGCAAGUCGUACAGGACGAGCAGAAGACUGAACAAGAAUCACAAGCCGCUCAAUCGAAAGAGGCGAGACCUCCAACGUUGCAGGUUACAGAGAAGGAAACUGUUGUCCUACCUCGUGAAGAUGAAUCUGGGGCGGAGCAGGAACCGCAGCCGCAGCCGCAGCCGCAGCCGCAGCCGCAGCCGGAGAAGGAAGACGAGCACGAGCACGAGCACGAGCACGAGCACGAGCACGAGCACGAGCACGAGCACGAGCACGAGCACGAGCACGAGCACGAGCACGAGCACGAGCACGAGCAGGAGACGGAGACGGAGCUGAAAGAAGAGCAGGAGCAGGAUCUGGUGCGAGAUGAGGGACAGGAGCAAAGGCAAGACGAAGGAGGCGAACAGUUGCCUAAGCGGGAGGAUGGACUGCACGCGGAUGGGGAAGAGGUCGAGAAUCGGGACGACGAGACGAAGACGAACGGGGAGCAGGGGGAGGCCUCAAAAGCUCGCGAGGGCGAUGGAGGAUCGCAAGACCCGCAGGAGGCUGGUGAGAGAUCAGGAGGAGCGCAGAAGAGCGAUAACGAGCACGAGGGAGUGGCGAGCUCAGAAAAGGGGCAGGAGGAGGUCGGGGGAACAGAAGCUGGCGUCCGCUCUCACGUGGCAGGGGAGGAGGUCGGUGUUGAUAGCAGCGGGCUGGGGAAGGGGCAGAGAUUUGAAGAUUGCAUCUCGCCCGAGAAUAGCGUGACGCACUUGAUGGGGGUGGAGGAUGAAAACUCUUCGGAGGAUGUCAAGAUCGAGUACGGGGUUUGCGUGGUCUGCGGGACAGAAUUUUCAAUUUUCCUCGAGUCUGUUCCACAGCCUUGUCCGCGUUGUGGUCGACGAAGACGAAAGUCGGACGAGUUUCGAAAGUUUGAAGGAAAAGAGUACGACUUUUUUGCGACAGCAAACAAUGAAACCGGGGAAGAUCCGACGGGCGUCUCAGGAAUCCGAAAUGGAGGAGGCGAGAGAGAAGACGGUUGGAGCUCGAGGAUGGGGAGAACGGUGGUGGAGCUGGACUACAGCAGGAGGCUCAAGGGACUCAACGACGUGUCGGAUCGGGGAUCUGCGCUGCUCCACCUGGCAGAGAAGUGGAGGGAGGAGGAGGAGAGCAAUGCCAGGAGCGUCUCCCCGCAGAUGUCUCCCAGCACCCCGCAAGCUGAGAAGCCCAGGAGGCGAGAGGUCUGGCAGAGGGUCAACGGGACCUUCCUGGCGAUCGGCUGCCUCAACACCGAGAAGAUCUCAGCUCCCUUCGUCCACCUGUCCGACGGCUGCAUGGACGUCAUCGCCGUGCCCGGGGGGGUGGGGAGGCUCGACGUGAUCCAGAUGGGGGCCAAGUUAACUUCGGGGGAUCACGUGCGGGACCGUCGGAUUUUCCACUGGAAGGCGGUGGAGAUGCGAUUCUACCCCAGCAGCCCCGAGGACAAGUUCAACGUGGAUGGGGAGGUGCUAGACGGGCUGCCGAUCGCGAUAAGAGUUUUACCCUCCCUUGCACGUUUGAUCUGUGCAUGCGAGGAAAAGUACUGA